CUUUUUCUGUUCCUUAUGCAGCCAAAUGGACGGACUGUUGAAGUGGCUGAGGAGGAAGUUGUCCGAACUCCUCGAAGUGUAACAGCAAAGCAGCCAUUAGAGACAGAUAAGAAAAAUGAAAAGUGCUGCUCCAGAUCAGGGAUUGACAAACUUCAACCUUCCAAAUCAAGCCAGUCAAAGAAAAAUAAGAAGAAAUCAAAGUCAGAUGCUAAAGCAGUGCAAAACAGUUCACGCCAUGAUGGGAAGGAAGUUGAUGAAGGAGCCUGGGAAACUAAAAUUAGUCACAGAGAAAAACGACAGCAACGUAAACGUGAUAAGGUACAGACUGAUUCUGGUUCAUUGGAUUCAACUAUCCCUGGGAUAGAAAAUACCAUCACAGUUACCACCGAGCAACUUACAACUGCAUCAUUUCCUGUUGGUUCCAAGAAGAAUAAAGGUGAAUCUCAUCUAAAUGUUCAAGUUAGCAACUUUAAGUCUGGAAAAGGAGAUCCUACACUUCAGGUUUCUUCAGGAUUGAAUGAAAACCUCACUAUAAAUGGAGGAGGCUGGAAUGAAAAGUCUAUAAAACUCUCCUCACAGAUAAGUGCAGGGGAGGAGAAGUGGAACUCUGUUUCACCUGCUUCUGCAGGCAAGAGGAAAACUGAGCCAUCUGCUUGGGGUCAAGACACUGGAGAUGCUAAUGCGAAUGGAAAAGACUGGGGAAGGAGUUGGAGUGACCGUUCAAUUUUUUCUGGCAUUGCUGCUUGGUCUAGUGUGGAUAGGGGAAUGAAUACCUCUGAACAGAAUUCUGCUUCUUUUGCAUCUCUCACACUUAACUCUGCUGUUCCUGGGUCUACUGCUGAGCCAGUUUCUCAGUCUACCACUUCUGAUUAUCAGUGGGAUGUUAGCCGUAAUCAGCCCUAUAUCGAUGAUGAAUGGUCUGGGUUAAAUGGUCUGUCUUCUGCUGAUCCCAGCUCUGAUUGGAACGCACCAGCAGAAGAGUGGGGGAAUUGGGUAGAUGAAGAACGAGCCCAGUUCCUGAAGUCCCAGGAGCCAAUUCCUGAUGAUCAAAAAGUUUCAGAUGAUGAUAAAGAAAAAGGAGAGGGUGCCCUUUCAACCGGGAAAUCUAAAAAGAAAAAGAAGAAAAAGAAGAAGCAAGGUGACGAUAACUCUCCUGCACAGGACCCAGAAGAAUUAGAAAAAGAGAUUAGAGAAGAGCCUCCAGUGAAUACCUCUAAAGUCCGUCCAAAACAGGAAAAAGCUUUUUCUUCAAAAACCAUAAGCACUAGUGAUCCAGCAGAAACACUCAUCAAAAAUAGCCAGCCUAUCAAGACUCUUCCACCUGCUGUUGCUACUGAGCCAUCUGUUAUUUUAUCAAAGAGUGAUUCUGACAAGAGCUCUUCCCAAGUGCCACCGAUGCUACAAGAGUCAGAUAAAUCCAAGUCAAAUACUAAGCAAAAUAGUGUGCCUCCUUCACAAACCAAGUCUGAAACUAGCUGGGAAUCUCCAAAACAAAUAAAAAAGAAGAAAAAAGCCAGGCGGGAAACGUGAAUUUUCUUUUCCUGAAUAGGACAUGUGUUUGCUGACACUGUCUUGAAGAUUAUGCUGUUUAUGCAAUAAUUUGUGAACAUGUACAGAGUUUUAUAUAAAUUUAAACCAAUUUUUAAGAGAAAACUGUGAACACAACCACCAUAAAAAUGGAAUCAAAGGAAAGUUAAUUUAUGAAAUUAAGAGAUCAGCAGAAUAUAUAUACUACAUUGCUGGAAGACACUUGGGAAAGUCUUUUCAAUUUAAUGAGAACGUUCUUAAUUCAAGAAUAUUAUCCUGGUUUUACAACAGUGCCCUGUUUACAACAGAUUGUGCCCUAUUUCUUCUGCAACUGAGGAAUAAAGGAUUCUGAUUAGAGAGAGGGUUGCCUACAAAUUCGUAGGCAACUUCUCGGACCUUAUGCACGGAACUUACACCAUUUGAAUCUGUUUUAUGCUUAAAUCAAAGUGCUUUGAUCAAAUGCAUAAUCUGCCAUAUCUUUACAUAUUUGUUGGUAGCAAUUUGUAUUAAAGGAAUCACAAGUGCAAAUAAAAAGUCAUUUAUCAUUUAUUUAACUAAACUGUCAUGGUUUAGUUUACAAUUUUUAAAAAGUUCUUAAUUGAAAAUGCAGUUGACACUUAUGGCUUAUGAACUUAUUUUUGAUAGUCUUACAUUACUUGAAUUGUUCAAAGUACAGUAUAUUUUAAAUUAAGAAUGGUAAACUGUAUGUCUUUGUUUUAUACUUUCAAAGAUGAGACUCAUAAAUAAUGCUCUUGUUUAUGAUUUGAAAACUUUCAAGCAAAAUGUAACUUACAUUUUUCCUUUCCCUAGCAAUUUUUUCCAGUGUCAUCUCUUCAUUGCUAACACUUUUUGACUAUAAAAAUGAAAUCUUUACAAACUAGUUCUACAGACAGAACUUUGAGUAUAUGAUGGAGAAUGGAAACCUAGAGUCAGACAGCUUUAAUUGACAUUGUCAAGACCUCCAGUUAUCAGGAAUACAUUUUUUACUGCCUUAACCUGUAGUGCGUAGAAUAUGCAUCAAUUUCUUGAAGGGGAUUCGUGUUUUUAUAAGAAUUUUUCCUGUAAUUAUUGCAAUCAUGGUCAAAUAAGGAAUGUUUCCUGCUUGAAACUAUUAAUUUAAAUGCUGUGGGAGCUGUUUCACCAUUUCAGGCACUGUGUAAUUCUAUUGUGAUAAACUGGCAGGUAUCUUUGUAACUAUAAAUAGUGCAUGCUCAGCCAUGUACACUGUAAAUAGCCUUUACCAAACGUGUUUGACAAGGACCAUAAUUAACAUCACUUAGUGAAUUGUGAUAAAGAAAAAAGCCAUGAUUUAUUUGAUGUGAUUGGCUUAAUUGUUUUUAUGUGGCGCCAAGAAUGAAACUGUUUAGCUGUAACCAAUGGUACUGAUCUAUCCAUCCAGCGUGUCUUUAUUCUCUUUGAUUGUGAUUUGAUAGUAUUGCAUUGUCAGUCUAGGAAAGCUAAAGAAACAAAAUGGUUUUAGUUUUGCUGAAGACUGGCCUUAUUAAUGGACAGCUUUCCUAACACACGAUUAUUAACUCUUAUCGGGUAUUAACAUCUGUUUCAGGAACACGGCAGUAUGUUUACAUGUCAGAAGUUUUGUUUAUGAUAUUUCUAAAUUGUUUUAAAUAAAUUCAGCAAAUGGA